AAAGUGAAGCGUGAAAAUGGCUCAACCGGCACCGCUUUGUUUGGAUGUUACGGAAUUAAAAUUCAAGCUACAGAGCAAGGUGCCGAUUUUUAAAGGAGAUGGUAAUGCAAAAAAUGGCUGCAAUUUGCUUGCCACCGCCAGUGUACAUGGGCUCGUUUUUGCCGGUACCGUCGGGUGCGAGCUGCGCGUACUCAAGCUGAAAGACGUCACCACCGACCGGGUGAUUAAUGUGAUCGUACCGUUGCGGACGGUACCAUUACCGAGCGAACCGUACCAGUUGGCCGUUAGCUGUGAUCAUGGAAUGCUGGCGGUGGACAUCGUUGCGAACGGGGUGCCGUUUGUGUACAUUUACUCGGUACCGUCGUUUCUGACCGGUUCCGUUGUGAAGGUGCAUGAAAUUAAAACAUCCCCUCAGCCAAAUGUGCGGAGUACACAGCUCUGCUGGAAUCCCGUCAUACACAAUGUGCUGGCAGUGCGUACCGAAGCUGGUGGGCUUUCGGUGUACACGUUAAAGGAACCGGCCGGUUUGGAGUUUCAUUCGCUCGAUACGAACAAUCCGGCCGAACAGGCCCAGUGUGCCUGCUGGAGUCCGAAGGGUAAGCAGCUGGUGGUAGCAUUCGUGAACGGAAAGCUGAUCCAGUACAAGCCAGAUCUUAAACCAGCCCGUACCAUCGUCUGUCCGGCCGGUGUCGUGGAGGGUGCCUUCGAUGUGCUAGCAGUCCAGUGGCUUAGUACGUACCAGUUUGCGGCUGUUUUCCUUAUGCACGCGAACAAUUCAGUGCCAGCGCUUUUCAUCGUAAACGCUCCGAAGGUGGGCAAUCCGGUUUUUAUCAACUAUGACGAUAUCUGCUACAGUCAGAGUGGACCGCGCAAAGGGCAAGUGUUUUUGCAGCACAUCCUGCCCUGGAAUCUGCUGCUGAUGGCAUCAUCCAACAGUAUGGAGGUUGGAAUGUUGGGCACAACGGAAAGCGGCGAAUCGCCUACCUGGUGCCAGUGGAUAACAACGGACGAGGCACGGGCAGAAUUGCCACUAACGAACGACAAACAGGAAACGUUCCCCAUCGGUAUGGUGCUUGAAACGGGAUGUACGCACGAGCUCGUAAUCGGCGAGCAGACGUUCCCGGUGAUGCCAAUGAUCCAUUUGCUUUCGACCUACGGUCAGUUGAUUUCGUUUAACGUGCUCAACACACUCCCGAACGUGCCAAACAUAUGCUCUCCACCAAAGCCGGUCCAAGAUCUGUCCGGUGGAGCGUUCGUUAAGUUGGAUGUACAGAAUUCGGGUCCGGCAACUUCCAGCGCGAAUGCGACAGUUCCGGUUCCGGCUCCUGCUCCCUCGGAAAUUUCUUUCACUGUACCGAACGGUGCCACAUCAACGCCUGCUAUUGCGAAAUCGAAAUCUUUCUUUAAUCCCGGAGUGCCAGACGCGGUACAGAAGUCUCCGAUCAGUCUGUUCGGUGGUGGAGCUUCCGGUGUAGCAUCCGGGCAGCAGCCACAACAGAAACAGGCGACGACAACCCCAGCAAUUGCUCCGACAUUCGGUCAGAAGAUUACGUUUGGAUCUACGCCCGUAGGAGGCCCAUUAUCGCAAGGAGUGGCAGCUGGAACUGAAAAGAAAGCUCCGCCUUCGUUUGUUGGCUUUUCCGCACCGGGGACGACAGCGGCUAGCACAUUCGCACAGCUGGGGACAAGCGCCGGUGGACUUCCGAUGAUGUCUGCUCCACCUUUUCAAGCCGCGAUGGCAUCGAUGGGAUCGAAAGCGACGGCUGCCACCACAACGGGUGUUACGUCCGCUGCCGGACCGGAUAACAAACCGCUCGUUACCGUCCCCCUAACAUACGCACCGCAGCAAAAUAAUGGUUCAAAUGCUACUACCACAUCCACACGACCGCAACCAGCUGCGCCGAAAAAAUCCGACGUUUCCACGGAAGACAGUAACGCCAUCAUACGUACGCUAAUGGUCGAUGAAAUUAAUCGUUUUACGCGCGAACUCAACACUCUGCAGCAGCGUAACCGCACCCUGAACGUGCAAAUCGGCGUGAAAGAAGAAUCGGCUCAAAUUAUACGCAAUUUGCGUGAGCUGGAGGACAUAAUUGCGCAAGCGAACGAAAGCACCCAAUCGCUCGUGUCGGAUGUGCAGUCGUUACGGCUCGGGUUGAACGAAGCGUUUGCGAUGGUAGCGGAAGCGAACAGCAAGAGCGAGUUAUACAACAAUCCGACUCUGCACCAGUACCAGGAAGCGCACGGCGGCAUGUCCCAGACGAGUCGCCGUCAGCUGAGUGCGUUGGAAAAUAUGCUGCAAGUAAACGAAAACCAGCUGCGUACCGUUACGAAGCAGCUGAAAGCACAGUGGAUGUGUCUGGAGGAAGCAAAGCAGGCCCGUGCCAAGCAGCGUAUGCACAUCCCAAGCCUGGAAGUACUUUACCAGACACUUUCCAAGCAGCAGGACAUUUUGAACCGACAGGGCGAAAAAUUGGCGUACCUGAAGAAUAAGCUUGGGCUGCGAGGCAGUUUGAAGGGGCUGGAUGAUCGAAAUAACCGUGUGAAAGACACGACAGACACGUCCGAGAGUGCGAUCGAGUCGUUAACGGAUUCGAUCAUAUCGCUUACGCUCGGUGAUCAGGUGGCGGCCGAUACGAGAAAGUUAAGCGAAUCGAAACUGUCCACCCUGCGGCGGGUGCUUGUGGGCCGGAAGGUGGUCACGGUGAAACCGCAACGUCCGGAUCGUGUUGGGUUGAGUUCGGAGGUGGUCCGUGAGCGUCGCGAUCAAGUACGAAAGCUAAACGUGGAACAGGAGAAGCAGGUUAAAGCAACGCAGCAGCAACAGCCAGUUGCGUUCAAAACGACCGUUAAUAAGGAACGGGUACCGCAGCAACAACCCAAACCUCAACCGGUCAAACCGUUGGGAACAUCGACAGCUAAUACGAAAGCGUUUUCCUUUGGUAGUCAAGAACCGGCGGCAGCAGCGCCAAGCCCUCAAGGAAGCUUCUCCUUUGGGCAAACCACCAUUACACCACUGUCUGCAGCAGUUGAACCGGCAAUGAAACCAACCCCGAACGGUGGAAGUAUUAGCACUGGACUCAGCUUUGCAGCUCCCAACAACUUCAGCAGCAAGGACAACGAUAAAGACAAAAAGGAUAUCUCAGUUGGCGGUAAAGAGAACAUUCCAAUCUCUAAAGCCCCUACUUCGAGUCCAUUCAGUUUUGCUGCUUCAACUUCAGGAGGAUCAUUUAUAACAUCCACGUCGGCUGAGACGUCCUCAUCAGUGGCAAGCGCUGCUACGAAGCCGGUAUUCUCGUUCGGUACCGUCGGAACCAACGGCCAGUCGGGAAUAGCGUUCGGUUCCCUUGGGAAAUCAAACUUUUCAUUCGAUCUACCAUCCUCCGCUACCACAACAGCCGUUAGCACUUCAUCGUCCGGCGGAACAGGGCUUUCUUUCAAUCUUGGCGCACCGUCGGAAGGAUCGCUAUCCUUGGGCAAACCGAAGCCGAAUGAAAAUGUUCUUCCAUUGGUGGAUGAGGCAACACAGAAGGAUAAACCAUUACCACCCUCGUUUGGACCGAUGGAACCGGCCACAAAGUCACCACUACCGGCUCUGACGAGUUUGCUGCAGAAGGUCGACUCGUCGCCGUCUUCGGUGGAUCUUAGCGUUAAGAGUGGCUCAGCGCCGCAAGCGAAACCAUCCGGGGAAAGUUUUUUCGGUACUUUAGGUAAGGCCACAUCUACGACGACGGCAUCAAUUUCCGGCAGCACAACCACAGCAACGACGACGAACGAUGAAUCAGCAAAGCCAGCUGCUGCGGGUCUGUUUUCCGGCAUAUCGUUCGGAUCACUUACCGUAACGCCAACGUUUUCAUCCGGUGGUUCCGGUCAGACUGUUGGAAGCGAAUCCAUUUUGAAAUCAACGAUCACUAGCAGCUCCGGUAUGAAUGGAAAUGUCGGAAACGUUGCUCCAACAAGUAGCAGCUCCGUUGGUUUAACAUUUGGAAGCAAUAGCUUUGCCUCUUCUGGCUUUGGUGUAGUGAAAGCAACGCCAUCAGUAGCAUCAAUUGAUACAGCAGCGACGACAACUAUUGCAAGCGGAUCAACAACUACUACUUCUACAACAACAUCUGGCUUUGGAUUUGGAUCACUUUCCACCACGUCCUCCUCCGCCACCUCAACUACCGCUUCACCGAUAGGCACAUUUUCUUUUGGAAAAUUGUCACUUGAAAAACCGACUCUUGUAGCUGCAACCUCAGCCACUUCCACAACGACAACGGUCGCUUCGGUCAGUGUUGCUACUCCUGCUGCUACCACUGUUCAAGCAACGACUACUACGACAGCUUCCGUUCCAAGCACCACCGCCACUACAGCAGCGACCGACGCAACGUCCAAUUUGUUCGGCUCUAUUAGCAUCUGCUCGCCAAGCUCGGCCACUUCUACAACUCCCAAGAGUCCAGCCUCCUCGUCGAUUACGGGUGGAAAUAUCUUCACUUCGGCCACAUUUGGCUCACCUAAAUCAACGGAUACGCCAGUCAGUAGUAUCUUCGGUGGUGGUGGUGGUGCGGCUGUUUCAUCUUCCGGCGGUUCUAUCUUCGGUUCCGGGAAGCCUGCUACGGCUACAUUCGGUGCAACGGCUGCCGCUUCUCCAGCUCCGGUAGGAUUGUUCGCUUCUGUUGUACAGCCAAGCGUUGCAUCGACCGCAACCGUUGUUAGCAGCACUGCUACUUCUGCUGCUACUGGUGGUAAUAUUUUUGGUUUCUUCAGUGCCGGCGCAGCAGCACCAGCAACAGCCACCAGUACAGCCCCGUCCGGUGGUGGAUCAUUCUUUGGCAGUGGAGCAGGAACCACAAGUUCCAUUUUUGGAUCGAGCGCGGCCACAACUACGACCAAUAUUUUUGGUAAUGCGACCACCAGUCCUGCUACAGGAGGUGCGGUCUCCGGCGGUGGCCUGUUCGGUAGUGGCACCGCAGCAAACACCACACCCGGUGGAUCGAUUUUCGGAGGUUCAUCCGCAUUCGGCGCAACCGGUAGUGCAAGUGCUGCUGGUGGCAACAUAUUCGGAAGCCCGGUUGCAGCGGCACCAUCGCCCGGUGGUAGUACUGGUGGUUUGUUCGGUUCGGUCGGUGCUCAGCAACCCGUCUCCUCAACACAAUCCAUCUUCGGUGGUGGUGGUGCAGCCGCUUCUGGCGGAGCGUUUGGAUCGGCUGCGGUUACCGGCAGUCCAGGACCGUUCAGCAGCGGCGGUGGUACGGGUGCCGGUGUGAAUGCGUUCGCUUCACCGACCAGUGGUACGUCCGCAUUCAGCAAACCGCCAGCAUUUGGUGCAGCGCCAACGUUUGGCGGUGCACCAACAUUCGGUGGUGCGCCCACAUUUGGCGGUGCGCCCACAUUCGGCGGUGCACCCACGUUCGGUAGUCCGAAGGCUACGUUCGGCGGUGGGUCACCAUUCGGUGGGGGAAGUUCGCCGGCUGGCAUCGGUUCAUCGCCAACGCCCUCGAACAAUCUGUUCGAGCAGCUGGGAUCAUCUUCGUCUGGCGUGUCGUUCGGUGGUUUAGCCGCACAGCAAACACAAAAACCAACCCAAUUCGGUGGAUCGUCGUUUUCCAGCUGGCGAUCGUAA